UUCGCGCCGCUUAAUACCAAUAGCAACAACACGCGACGACAACGUGCGAGUCUGUACGGUUGUGUAUUUGUGUUGUGUGCCGUGCGUAUGUGCCGUUUGGAUGGAAACGGAUCAACGUGAAAAUUAUGUGACCAUGUGAAAUAAUUGCUCACGGACCAGUGCCACGGGAUCAACAGUAAUCACCAAGCGGAUCGUCCGUUGACGCAACCAUCGUUCGUGUUUGCUGCGGCUUGUCCGACAUUCAGAGGGCCUAGGAAGCGAUCCACCCCACCCCAACAUACCGCGCAUUUUAUUAUAACUUAACACCUGCCGCACCAAAUGAGCACGUGAUGCUGAUUAUACUGCUUUGCAUUUUGGGUUCCACCAGUGCCUGGUACGAAACCAGCCCUUGGAGUACCUCCACUAGACGGUAUUACGCCACCGCCCAAGACCAUCAAACGCAACGACAAUGGACCGAGCCGUACUUCGAUCUGAGCGUUUCCCGCAACGUAACGGUGCGGGAAGGUGAAACGGCAUUCCUUACCUGUCGGGUGGAAAAUCUGGCCAAGUACAGCAUCUCCUGGGUGCGGCACCAUGAUCUUCACAUACUGGCCAUCAACGCGGACACGUUCACGUCGGACGAGCGGUUUCAGGCACUGUACAACGACCAGACCGAAGAGUGGACGCUCAAGAUAAGGAGAACGCGCCGGAAGGACACCGGUAUCUACGAGUGCCAGAUAUCUACCAUGCCGGUGAAGAGUUUGCAGCUGUAUCUGAUUGUUCUCGAUGAAUCGCAGCUAGUCAGACGACAGGACGACAUACUUUACGACAUUCCGCCAUCCUCCGACGAGCAUUCGGAGGGUCAAAAGGCGGCUGACGCCCACAAUCGGAUGUACGCGGAUCGUGUCAAUGAUUAUCUCUUUCUAGCGACCACGACACAAAUCCUCGAGGGUACGAUCGUGUACGGCUACAAAGGACAAAACGUCAAUCUCACCUGCAUCGUCAAUCACAACUACGACCGGCGACCUAGCCACAUCGUGUGGUACCAUCAAAAGGACAUCGUUGCCUACGAGUCGCUACGGAAGCGUGGACGAUCCUCACUGAACAGCAUCACCUCGCACCAUCUGAUACGGAACGCGGAGUUCGAUGACGCUGGAAACUACACCUGCGCCCCGGAGCUGUAUGCCAGUGCUAGCACCAUUGUGCACAUCCUAGACGGUGAAGAAACACAAGAGUCCAACAGCUCCAACCGUAAACGGAUAAAUGUAGGGACGAUUUUGCUUUGCGGAACGUUUGUCGUACUGAGCGUGCUGUACAACCAUCGCGAUAGGAUGAGUUAAUACGCUGCAAAUGGUGGUGC